AUGAAGCACAUUGCUGAGAAAAAGCAAUUUGUUUUACAACGUCUAACUAACGUCUCUUGUCCAGCAAAACUAGCAAAACGAAACAGAGCCCUCCUCCCCGCGGCCGGCCUGGCGGGGCGGGGACGCUGCGCGGCGGCGGCGGCGGCGGCUGAUGCGCUAUCCGAGUGGGGCCCUCCGGGCGGCGACGGCGGCUCUCGUAGGCGGUUCCGGUCCUGUAUCUCCGGGCGGCGGCGGCUCAUGGCAGCGACGGAGCUGAGAGGAGUAGUGGGCCCGGGCCCGGCAGCCAUUGCGGCCCCGGGCGGCGGCGGCGCCGGUCCCCCCAUGGUGGGAGGAGGCGGCGCCGGCGGCCGCGGAGAUUCGGGGCCGGGCUCCGGGAUCGCCCCGGGCACGGUGGCCGCGGUGGCUGCGGGCGGCCCGGGCCCCGGGGCCGGGGGAGUGGCGGCGGCGGGCCCGGCUCCUGCGCCGCCGGCGGGGGGCUCGGGCGCUGGGGGUUCGGGCUCGGCUCGCGAGGGCUGGCUCUUCAAAUGGACCAAUUAUAUCAAAGGCUACCAGCGGCGGUGGUUCGUGCUGAGCAACGGGCUCCUGAGCUACUACAGGUCAAAGGCAGAAAUGAGACAUACCUGCCGUGGUACCAUCAACCUCGCCACAGCCAACAUCACAGUGGAGGACUCCUGCAACUUCAUCAUUUCCAAUGGGGGUGCUCAGACCUACCAUCUGAAGGCGAGCUCAGAAGUAGAGCGGCAGCGCUGGGUCACAGCCCUGGAACUGGCCAAGGCCAAGGCUGUGAAGAUGCUGGCAGAAUCAGGUAGGGAGCAAAGAAUAUUGUGUCUGGGGAACAUUCUGUUAGCCCCUCUUAUGCACAGAUCUUAUUUCGUCCCUCAUUGUCAUGGUCGUUUAAUUACCAACUAUCUCCUGGAUGUCUCAGGCUUCUGCUCAUCAGGCAGAAUUUCUCCUGGAGUGCUGGUUUUCAGCUGGGGGCAGUUCUGCCCCAAAGGGGACAUUUGGCGAAGGCUGAGGAGUGGCGGUGCUAAUGGCAUCUAGGGAGUAGAGGCCAGGGAUGCUGCGAAACCGCCUGCCAAUGCGCAGGGCAGCCCCACAGCAGAGAGGUAGCUGGCCCAAAAUGUCAGAGUUGUUAAGCUUGGGAAACUCUGUCUUAGGAGCAUAUCAGUUAUCCUUUUGGCUCUUAAUGCCAACUGACUACCUUAAAAUUUUGAGAAAUAAUUAUUUUAUUGAUAGAUCAGUCAGGAUUAUUACAACUCACACUUUGGAUCUGUCCUUACUUUUUUCUU